AUGGGUCAAUCUCAUUCCAAAGGCAAUUCUGGCGCUGGGGAUUCGCUGCAGUCGUAUCCUUCGUUUUCCAAAUCAGAUACCAAGGAAUCCCUUCGAUCUUUCCGAGGGUCUAUCCGGUCGAAGAUCCGCAAUACCGACAGUCCUCGUGCUUCAACAUCGGCGCUGGCCCAGGCCGAUGACAAGUCCGAUGCAGCCUCACUCAAGUCCGUCGGGAGCCGGCGCAGCUCCACCAACUUGAGUCGACCUGCGUCAGCGGAUUCUGCGGCACCAGCUGAUGCUCCCGAUCCACCUCCUUCUCCCACCAUGUCGAGCAGCCUAAAGCGAGGCCACCAGGAUGUAAACGCCAUGAAACAGAGUGGCGAGGUCGACCACGUAUCCGAUGCUCCUCCAGCCGCCGCUCCGCCCGCAGGUACACAGCAAAAAGUCGGCGAAUCGAUCCUUAUCAAGCGAGAAGAUCAGUCAAAUCCGAUCCUAGAUUUCAUUAUGAAGACACCGCUCCACUCCGAGUCGUCCGGUUCUCCGGGGAUGGGCAUGGGAGCGCUAAAAUCUAUUGACCUUGACGACAUGAUCACUCGUCUUCUCGAUGCGGGUUACUCCGCCAAAGUCACAAAGACCGUUUGCUUGAAGAAUGCGGAGAUCGUGGCUAUUUGCACUGCUGCACGCGAGCUGUUCUUGAGCCAACCUGCUCUCUUGGAACUGUCAGCCCCUGUUAAAAUUGUUGGCGAUGUUCACGGUCAAUAUACAGACCUCAUUCGGAUGUUCGAGAUGUGCGGUUUCCCUCCAACCUCCAACUAUCUGUUCUUGGGUGACUAUGUGGAUCGCGGUAAACAAAGUCUGGAGACAAUCCUUCUUCUGCUCUGUUAUAAGCUGAAGUUUCCGGAGAACUUCUUCCUCUUGCGUGGUAACCACGAGUGUGCAAAUGUGACUCGUGUAUACGGAUUCUAUGAUGAAUGCAAACGGCGCUGCAACAUCAAGAUUUGGAAGACGUUCGUUGAUACCUUCAACUGCCUUCCAAUCGCGGCUACAGUAGCUGGGAAGAUCUUUUGUGUUCAUGGUGGCCUCUCCCCGAGUCUUUCUCACAUGGAUGAUAUUCGCAACAUCGCCCGCCCGACCGAUGUGCCGGACUAUGGCUUGCUGAACGAUCUGCUUUGGAGUGAUCCUGCCGAUAUGGAGGAAGAUUGGGAGCCCAAUGAGCGUGGAGUGAGCUACUGUUUCAACAAAAACGUGAUCAUGAACUUCCUGCAGCGUCACGACUUUGACUUAGUCUGUCGUGCCCACAUGGUUGUUGAAGACGGUUAUGAGUUCUAUCAGGACCGAAUUCUCGUCACCGUGUUCUCUGCUCCUAAUUAUUGUGGCGAAUUUGAUAACUGGGGUGCGGUCAUGUCAGUCUCUGGCGAGUUGCUUUGCAGCUUCGAGUUACUGAAACCGCUGGAUUCUGCCGCCCUCAAGAACCAUAUUAAGAAGGGUCGGAAAGAGCGGAACAGCAUUCUCAAUAGUCCUCCCGCCGUCGUAUCGGCCCAAAGUUAUUAG